UCCUGACAACUCUGGCAGGUAGAGAUUAUCAACUGUGUUUCACAGAUACAAAAGCUGGGCUCGCACAGCUAACAGGUGGGCUGAGCUGGGGCUUGGGUCCAAGUCUCACAGGCUUUAGGGCAUACUCCCCAGGGAGAGAAGUCUUGAGCCUAGCUCCUUGUGAUGUCUUACUUAUGUGGCCAGUAAAGACUUGCCCUGACCCAGCACACCAUCUCUUUUUCUCUAGGACUGCUCCAGUCAGCCCUAGAAAAGGGGGCAACCCAGAGAUUGGUCUUUGGCCAGUCUCCACACGGGGCUUAAGUGCAGGGUUGUAAAAUCAGCUUCUAAAACAGCUAGCUGAUCCUUCAGUCCAUCAUCCUCUCAUUGGGCUUAUGAAGCGAGGGCUCUAAACUCUGUAAUCCCGUCACCCUCUUGGCCCCGAGACCAGAGCAAUAGGGGCUGUGGUUGGGGCUGGUCCAGCCAGUCCCUGGAGACUAGAACUACGCAGUGGGAAACACAGUAGACUCUGAAUUCUGGAAUUUGUUUGAAGUCUCUGCUUCCUAUCCGAAGAAGUUAUUAAGUUUUCUAAGGAAAGGUAAAAUGACCUAUGGAACCCACUGGAAUGGCAUAUGGAAAGAAUAUGGAAGCUGUUGCCGCUCACCCCGUGUCUUCUGGCCGCUUCCUCCUUAGCUGCCUCUCCUCACAGGCUCCCCCUGUCCUCCUCCUGGGGCCCAUCAUGAACGGUGCCCCUUCCCCAGAGGAUGGGGCCUUCCCUUCUCCGCCACCACUGCCGCCACCCCCUCCCCCAAGUUGGCAAGAGUUCUGUGAGUCCCACGCGAGGGCUGCUGCCCUGGAUCUCGCCCGCCGUUUCCGCCUCUACCUGGCCUCGCACCCACAGUAUGCAGAGCCUGGGGCAGAAGCUGCCUUUUCGGGCCGUUUUGCCGAGCUGUUCCUGCAGCACUUCGAAGCUGAGGUGGCCCGGGCCUCCGGCUCACUCUCCCCGCCUGUCUUGGCCCCACUGAGCCCCGGUGUGGAGCUGGCAUCACCACACGACUUGUCCCUUGAAAGCUGCAGGGUGGGUGGGCCCCUGGCCGUGUUGGGCCCAUCUCGGUCUUCUGAGGAUCUAGCUGGCCCCCUCCCUUCCUCAGUCUCUUCCUCCUCUACAACGUCCUCAAAGCCGAAGCUCAAGAAACGCUUUUCCCUCCGUUCAGUGGGUCGCUCAGUCAGAGGUUCUGUACGAGGCAUCCUGCAGUGGCGGGGGGCCGUUGACUCUUCCUCCCCGGCCGGGCCUCUGGAGACCACACCAGGCCCUCCAGUUCUAGGUGGAAACAGCAACUCCAACUCCUCUGGUGGUGCCGGGACGGUCGGUAGGGGAUUGGCUAGUGACGGCACAUCCCCUGGGGAGAGAUGGACUCACCGCUUUGAGAGGCUGAGACUGAGUCGUGGAGGGGGAGCCCUGAAGGACGGAGCAGGAAUGGUGCAGAGAGAAGAGUUGCUCAGUUUCAUGGGGGCCGAAGAGGCUGCCCCUGACCCGGCAGGAGUGGGUCGUGGGGGAGGGGCGGCCGGGCUGACCUCAGCGGGAGGAGGGCAGCCUCAGUGGCACAAGUGUCGUCUGCUGCUCCGAAGUGAAGGAGAAGGAGGAGGAGGAAGUCGCUUGGAGUUCUUCGUGCCACCCAAGGCAUCCCGGCCCAGACUCAGCAUCCCCUGUUCCACCAUCACUGAUGUCCGCAGCACGGCCCUCGAGAUGCCUGACAGGGAGAACACCUUUGUGGUUAAGGUAGGGGGGCCUUCAGAGUAUAUUCUGGAGACAACUGAUGCACUUCACGUGAAGGCCUGGGUAUCUGACAUCCAGGAGUGCCUAAGCCAGGGACCCUGCCCUGCUAUCAGUCCCCGUCCCAUGACUCCCCUGGCCCCUGGGACCUCCUUCCUCACAAAGGAUAACACAGACAGCCUGGAGUUGCCCUGCCUGAACCAUUCAGAGAGUCUGCCCAGCCAGGACUUGCUGCUGGGACCCAGCGAGAGUAACGACCGCCUGUCGCAGGGGGCGUAUGGGGGCCUCUCUGACCGGCCGUCAGCAUCCUUCUCCCCUAGCUCGGCCUCCAUUGCCGCCUCCCACUUUGACUCAAUGGAACUGCUUCCUCCAGAAUUGCCCCUCGCAUUCCUAUUGAGGAGGGGCCCCAGCGGGACAGUUCAUCCCCUCUCAACCCCCUACCCUCCCCUGGAUACUCCAGAGGCAGCCACAGGGUCCUUCCUGUUCCAGGGGGAGUGAGGAGGUGAGGGGGAUCAGCCCCUCUCAGGAUAUCCUUGGUUCCACGGCAUGCUCUCUCGACUCAAGGCUGCCCAGUUAGUGCUAGAAGGAGGCACUGGCUCCCACGGUGUCUUCCUGGUACGUCAGAGUGAGACAAGACGUGGUGAAUAUGUCCUCACUUUCAACUUCCAGGGCAAGGCCAAGCACCUGCGGUUGUCACUGAAUGGAGGCCAGUGCCGGGUCCAGCAUCUGUGGUUCCAGUCCAUUUUCGAUAUGCUUGAGCACUUCCGGGUGCACCCCAUCCCUCUGGAGUCCGGAGGCUCCAGUGACGUUGUCCUUGUCAGCUAUGUGCCCUCCCAGCGGCAGCAGGGUGAGCAGAGCAGGUCUGCAGGGGAGGAGGUGCCCGUGCACCCGAGAAGUGAGGCCGGGAGCAGGCUGGGAGCCAUGCAGGGGUGUGUUGAGGGCGACCGAUGCUACCCGAUGCCUCCUCCACCCUCCUGCCCUUCGGAGCGAGUGACUGUGUGUAAGUGUGGUCCUCUCACCACCGCCCAUGAUCCAUCUGCCAUGGAGGGGGUUACUCAGGAGACGGGAUAUGGGGGAGAUAGCACACGGCUCCUUGGGGAGGCUAAGCAAAGGGGAGGCCAGCACAAGAACGCACUUCCUUCCACAAUCAACGUGUCUUUUUACCAUUCCUGUCCAGAACGGAACACCUCCGUGACCCAACCCAGCCCCCUGAACCCCCUCCAUGGACAGAUACCCCACAUCCUGGGGCAGAAGAGGCGUCGGGGGCGCCAGAAAGUGGCGGCCACCACAGCCGCAGCAGCCAAAGAGAGGCAAGAGAAAGAGAAAGCGGGCAGUGGAGGGAUCCAGGAAGAGCUGGUCCCCGUGGCUGAGCUGGUCCCCAUGGUUGAAUUGGAAGAAGGCCAUAGCACCAGGCACUGA